CGCCGAUCCUACGCCAGAGACUCGAGCACUUAUAUCCGACCUCUACACUGACUUUGGAAUUCGUCUGUACUCAUCGUCUCGAGAACCCUUAUCCAUGGCGGCUUUUAGCCUUUCCGAUUUUACUCGACAUUACAAUAGUGAGGAAAACCAGCAGAUGUAUGAAGCGCUCCCCUUCAAGGAGAUGAAGUUGUACUCCGUCUGGAACCUUGCCAGCUACCUCCUUAAGCGUGCCAUUCCCAAUAAACCCAAGAGUUGGAUGACUCGUUACAUGCUAAGUAAAUGUCUCUGGAAGAUGUUCAGCUGUGAUGACUCCGUCAGGGGCACAUCAAGGCAUAUUCACCUUGAUGAUCUCCUAGAUUCUCUGCUCGAUGCUAUUGAUGCACUGCCCCAGAAGAGGGAUUCUCGGUCCGAUCCUAUCUUCGAACCUCACUAUAAGCUCGUAUCUAUUGUUCACAAACUCGUGCACAGAGGAGUAGUUACGCCGGCUGAAGGAAGCAAGACUCUUGUGGCCACUCCUUGGGCACGAAAGGUGCCACCUCCGGAGGAAGGUGCCCCUUGGAAGCCAUAUAUAUUGGCUGUCAUUCGAAACUUGAAGCAUGCCGACAAAUCGAACUGGCAUCAUCGCAUGGCUGUCAGGGCUGCACAUAUCACCUAUGAUGAUGACAAGGACGCUGCUGCAGCUGCAGGAGCCAAGGGUGAACUUACACACCAGAUAUUCACAAAGACAAUGACGAUCCAGGUGUGGAGGCCUGAGAAUGAGCGUCCCGGAAGACACUUCGUCUACACGACACGAUACGUGUAUUUCUUCGUGGCUCUACUAGAACAGCUGGAUGAUCGUGCAAGCCUCGACCAACUACUUCGUCGGGUCAGGAAAAAGCAGGGCGAUUUCAUCAACCAUGCCAAACUAUGGGAAGACCUCUGUCUAACCUAUGCACGAGUCAUACGAAAAGCAGGAAACAUCAACGAAGGACAUGACGAAAGCGUCUUCAAACCCAUCGGAUGGGACGAAUUCGUCGCAAACACAGCUCGCCUAGAAGGCCUCUCGCAGUUAGCUCCAGAGAGCAUAACACUCCUCGAACUUCUUCGCGAUGCCGUCGAGCUGAAGAAGUUAAACAACAACCUCAUGAAAGUCUCCUUGUUAGAAGACCUCAUCGCCGACAUCUACUCCCGCCUAUACGAGGUCAACAUGCCCAACGUCAUCGAACAAGCGAACGAAGAAAACAAAGAGAAGAUGAAGGUAGACCACCUCCUCAUGGCCAGCGAUGGCGCCGCAGACACCCCUACGCCCCCGACUUCCGCGCCUGCAUCCGAAGCCCCGGCACCCCGUGGCCGUACAAAGGGCAUUGCAAGACGGGACAUACAGAAACGGGCUGAGACAAUUGUCCAACGCAAACUCGCGCCUCGCGCUCCUGUCGCCAAAGCACCAACCGCUGCAGAAAGUGAACCAUCCCACGCCAUCGGCGCAGUCACUUCCGCUCCCGCGCAAACGAAGGAUACAGCUACGUCCGCUGCGGCGGCUGAUGAGCUGGCCUCGGGGCAACAAAGCGAUAUCCCCAAUAGCUUGCAUGACAGUGCCGAUGAUGAAAGCGAGCUGAGUGAGAUAGAUGAUGAGAAACUGUCUAAGCUUGCGGCAGAGCGCAGCUUGUUGUUCCCUAAUCUACAGGAUAGGGGAUCUUUGGAUCCGGAGGUGGAAAUGUCGGCUCCGGCCAGCGCUGAUGGGGAUGGAGCUAAUGAAGCGGCUGGCGACGGGGAAGAAGACGGUGAUAGGGAUGAAGAUGCUGAUCUUGGUGAUGAAGGUGAGACUAUGGUAGAGGAAGGCGAGGAGGGUGCUGAAGGCGAUGAAGGCGAGAUCGACGGAGAGGGCGAGGGAGAAGACGAAGAAGAUAAUGAAGCCGCUGGGGAAGAAGAAGCGCUGGGGGAAGGUGAUGGCGAGCCUGAGGGCGAAGUUGACGGGAAUGAACCCAACCAAAUGGAAGUCGACGAGGGAGGCGAGCAACCCGCAGCUCCUGAGGUUGACCAGGAAAGUGACCAUGUGUCUGAUUCUGAGGCAAUGGAUAUCUGA